UAACUGUGGACACGGUUGACUUUGCCCUCGGGCGCUCUUCCGCGAUGAAGCGCGGCCGCUCUGCACGUCGCGACCAAAAGCGCAUCGCCUUCACCGAGCUCAUCCAACGCGUGAUUGCCCGCGCCGAAGUCCCCAUCACCGUCGUCCUCGUCCUCCUCGCCUACAUCGAUAGGUGCAAGCCGCAUCUGCGCGUGGCCUCCGACGCCUACGUGCACGAGCGCAUCUUCCUCGGCGCCCUCAUCGUGGCAGCCAAGUACCUGAACGACUGCUCCCCCAAAAACGGCCACUGGGCGCGCUACACCGCCGAGUUCUCCAAAGCGGACAUCGGCCUCAUCGAGCGCGAGUUCCUCGCCGUCCUCGACUUUGACCUCGGCUUCAAGGAGGCGGACCUGCUCGCGCACUGCGACGCGCUCCUCGGCUGCGCGGAGCCGACGCCCGCGUACCGGCACAGCAAGCCCGUGCGGCGCGUCGUGCGCGAGGAGAUCGAGGAGGUCCCCCGCGAUGCGUCCACGAGCCCUGUCUCCUCCGUAUCCUCCGCCGACUCGACCCCGCCGCGCACGCCGCACACCACCGAGAUGCUCCCGCCGGCGCACAAGCACGUCCGCAAGGUCGCCGCGUCGAAGUCGCACCUCGUGCUCAGCGACACGCCGCUCAGCCAAAUCUGCGCGGUCACCGUCGUCGCCUCAUAGACGGGUGCCCCGUCGGGCUCCGCUCCUUCCCGCUGCUACCCCAUAAUGGGGCACCGGCAAACUUUACUGCUCUGCACCGCUUUCGACACAUAGAGUUCACGAACCCCCAGCUAUCGGUGCGACUCCUCGCCACAUACAGUGCGAGACAUCACACCACACAUUAUGGACACGGGAUACCACAUCAUGCACGCACGUAACUUAUAGGGCUAUUUAUUUGGGCUUUAUGCAACACUGUAUGUACUAGUAUGCAAGAGAUUCCAUCUUCUUCC